GUGUAAGACGAGGAAAGGAGUUUGAGAGAAAGAAAAAGAGGAUAGGAUCGAUGACGGCUGGGUUAGGAAAGAAGAUGAGUAGGAGGAGGAGAAGAAGCAAAAUAAACGGAGUUUUCCACAACGAUUUGUUGGUGGAGGUCCUGCAGCGUGCCCCGCCUGAAUCGGUGGCGCGUUGUAAAGCCGUGUGCAAGCGGUGGCGGGACCUAAUUUCGACUCCUUUUUUCUUCGACCGUUUUUGCGAUCACCACCGGCUCAUGAGCCGCGAAGAGGAGUGCGCCGCCACCCGCUGCUCCACCAAGUUGCAUCUGUUCCUGUUUCAUCCUCACUUUGAGCGCCAGUUUUCCCUGGACUUCCUCCCCUUUUACGAAGCUGCAAAAAAAUCGAAAUUCGUGUUGGGAUUCUGCGAAGGUCUGUUAUUGUGCAGUCCAGGCGACAAUUCUCGUCUGUUUUACUACAUAGUUAACCCGAUCACCAAGACCUGGGUCGGUCUCCCCACAGCGCGGUCGGUACAUACAUAUUAUGAUAUUGCUGUGGGCUUCGCCUAUUACCCGGACCUUCCCCGCCCUCGCUUCAAGAUUGUCCGAAUUCUUCCGCCCCGGAAUCAGAUACCAAAGUCGUAUUUUAGAGUCAGGAACUUUUGCUCCGAGACAGGAAAGUGGGCUCGGGAAAGGGCAACAUCUCCCGAGCCCAUCGCCUGGACGCCCUUCAUGAUUAAGCAGGCUGCCGUUUUCCACGAAGGGUACCUGCAUUGGAUGGAUGGGGGGAUGCGGGCAAUUCUUUACGAUGUUGAAAACGACAAGAUCGCUUUUAUCCUGAAUCGGCCCAAGGAGGCCGUCGUGCACAGAGAGGGGUUCUUUUGUUUUGGUCUAUGCGGCGGCCAGUUUUAUGUGGCGGAGCUGAACUGUGCCACAUUGAGGAUAUGGGAGCUGAAGCACCAGGGGCAGGGGCGGCCGGAGUGGACUAUGCAGCGGCAGGUACAUCUGGAUGAUGGCAGCAGCAUCAGGCACGGCCGGGAGUGGCUACCUGUAAUAUCAACUUUACCCCUGCCAUUGCUGGCUAUCCAUCCCGUGGAUAUCAAUGUUGUUUACAUUCGUAAUAGAUAUGAGGCUAUUUCUUGCAAUUUGAGAACCAAAACUCUGAAAUUCUUUUGCAAGCUACCUCCGCCAACUAAAUACAAUUUGACAUACAGCAUCAUGCUUCCGCCCUGGCCAACUUCCAUACCCCAGAUUUUCAACUCAACUGAUCCAGGAAAAGUGAUUGAUGGAGCAUAAUCUUAUUACUAGCCACAAGGUCCAUAACCUUUGUUUGAUGAAGGAGAUAUGAGAUCAUUUAGUUUAAUUAGCUAGAGCACUAAAUUAGACUUCUAGUACAUAUAUAUGUAGUUGAGUUUAUCAGUGUUAGUGUUCAAUUAUAUUCACCAUUUAGAAGUCACUAUAUAAUUAUAGCUGCACGCUUUAAUGGCGCCCGCUGUUACUCCUUUUCUCUACUGAGAACUCUUAUGGAGUGUUUGCAACCGCUUAAAAAAAAGCAUUUCUCAGCUUUUGGCUUAAAAAAGCACUUAUUUUACAAAUACUACCAAUUUUUACUUUU